GCCAGAGACACACGGAAAAGGGGGCAUUGACGCAGAUGGGCGUCCUGAUGUUUUAUUCGCCGCGGCGAGGUUGGACGCCUGGGACCUGACCUGACCUGAGAGAUGAGCGACUUUUUACAAAACUGUCUGGCCUCCUGCGUGUCCCGCAUUCGCGGUUUCGGUGACUGUCAAUCGCCCUUGUCGACGCGGGAUCCCAUUGAUGAGCGCAGCCAGCAUCGGUCCAUCCAGAGUUGAUUCCUCCUGGAUCACCACCACCAAGUCCCUCACGACAAAAACAAAACAAACGAGACUGCCUUUUAGGGAGAGACCGUAGUGGGCUGAAUGUCUGAGCGAGCAGCGUGACCAUGACGAGCUACAGCCACGACGACGCCGAGAAGCAGUACCGCAACUACAUCAGCCCCGUCUCGGCCCUCAGCCCGCCGUAUAGCAAUCCGUUUCGCGAGCACCAACAGGCGCAGUCGCCGCCGCCGCCGCACCUGCCGCAACCCCCGCAAGAUCGUCAUGGACAGGCGCCCGAGGUGCACUACGCGGCGCAGUCGCCCGUGACGCACGUCUCGAACCUGGAGCAAGAGUACAAGCGGCAGUACCUGGAGCGGCGGGCGGCGGAGCAUCCCGCGGUGCCCAACGACGACACGGCCAAGGAGGUGAUGCCGUUUGACGAGACGGCCAAGGUGGUGGUGCCCCUGGAGAUGCAGCAGCACGGGCAGUACCCGCAGACGGCGACGAGCACGCACUACUCGGGGCCCUGGGGGGACGGGUCGACGACGGUGGAUGACGGGCACUCGGAGUAUCGUGACAAGCGGCAGGCGUCGACGGCGGCGGGCGCCUCGCUGCCGCCGCCGCCUGCGUCGGAGAAGGGCCUUGGUGACGGCGACGGCAAGAAGAAGAUUCUGGGGAUGAGCCGCAAGGGGUUUCUGAUCCUGCUGGCCGUGUUGCUCAUCAUCGUGGCGGCGGCGGUGGGAGGCGGCGUGGGAGGGGCGGUGGCAUCGACAAAGUCCAAGUCGGACAAUGGAGGAGCAGCUCCGGCAGCGACGAGCACGACAGCGAGCACAUCCACGACGCCCACGUCAACGUCGGCCUCGUCGUCGAGCGCGCCGACGCCGACGCACACGCCGCCGCCCAUCUUCCUCAACAACAUGACGGCGCCGGGCUCGGGAUUCGCGUUCCAGGGCUUCGCGCGGGACAACUUCUCGGGGGCGUACACGGACAUUGUGACCAAGGAAAAGGGCACCGACUUUGAGUUUGACCUCCACAGCUACGUGUGGCGGCCGCGGCUGUCGUCGUGCUGCCUGACGUUUUGCAACAACGCGACGAGCCAGGGCAUGGUGGGCUACUGGUGCAACGAGCGGAACCAGACGUCGGCGUCGUCGUCGUUUUCGCGCAUUUUCGUGUGGUGCGGCAACGACCACAGCGAGGGGAAUGCAAAGUGCGUGUGAAUAGGGGUCAAUGGGGGGUUCUGUUGGUUCAACGCCACCAUAUGGGACUUGCCUUGCCUGUCGAUUGAUUGUGUGGCGAGGAUACAAACAAAAUACUGUAAUAAUCAUGCGAUAUGGGCGACGGAUGGACUUGAGCGGAGUUUUGGAACAGGGCUUAUUAUUGAUGACGGGAUGACGGAUCAACAUGGGUAUGGAUGGACAUGGACUACUACUUUUCUUGUAUAUAUUGAUACCAGACGACAUGAGCGGCUUUGAUAAUUCAAGUCUAUAUUGCCAC